GGAGGGAGAGACCGCCGCCAUGUCGUCGCGGCUUCCGCUUGCUUGCCCCUCACUGUCGGAAUGGGAUGAGGAGCCGGAGAAGAGCAGGUGGGGGGAGAAGGUCUCCGAAGCCGUACUGUCUCUGUAUCGCUCGCUCCCCAAGAAAGGGAAGCCUCAGGGCCGGGAAACCACUGUCGUCGCCGCUUUCCUCCUCUCCUCCCCAACCCAGGGUCUCGAGGUCGUGGCCCUGGGCACCGGGACCAAGUGCAUCGGGGGCUCCCUCUUGAGCCCUACGGGAGACGUCGUCAAUGACUCCCAUGCCGAGAUCAUCGCGCGUCGAUCGCUGCUGAGGUACUUCUAUGCUGAAAUUGAACGUCUUGAUCGCAUUCAUCAGACGAGUAGAGAUGAUGUGGGGUUUGCUGAUGCAUCAAAGUCAGCUUUUGGUUUGGAUACCAGUUGCUGCGGCCAGACGAAGUACAGGAUGAAUCCUGGAUGGGGAUUACAUUUGUAUAUCACCCAACUUCCUUGUGGAGUUUUUUCAUAUCCUACGCUACAACCACGUGAACUUCCAGUUCAAACAGAUCUAUCAGCCAAAAUUGGAGGUUCGUCAGGAAGUGCAGAAUCAAAUGGAUUUCAAAAUGGAAAGUCCCAAAUAAAGGAGAGUGAUCAUUUUCCAAGUGACUAUCCUCAGAUAUCAACAAUUGUCCAAAGGAAGCCUGGACGUGGUGAUACCACUUAUUCCAUGAGCUGCUUUAAUAAGAUAACCCGCUGGAAUGUUGUUGGAGUCCAAGGAGCUUUGCUUUUUCACAUUUUGCAACCAGUAUAUCUAUCUACCUUAACUGUGGGGUUUUCUCCUUGUGAUGGUCUUCAAAAGUCUGUAAAGACAAAUUAUCUUGAAAAAGCUAUUUAUGAUUGCAUGGAACGCCUGCAUAUUAAAUUGACAAAACCUUUUCAUUUGAACAAGCCAUGUAUUAUCGAGGCUCCUAUUCCGGCAGACAGGUUACAACAGUCAAACGGUGAUGAAACUAAUUUAACUUGCGGGUAUUCUAUCUGUUGGAAUAAAUCUGGGUUGUAUGAAGUUGUCUUGGGAACAACAGGGAGGAAACAAGGCACUUCUGCAAAAGGGGCGCUCUCUCCAUCCACCGAGUCAUCUUUAUGCAAGAGGAGGUUGUUGGAAGUUUUUGUGUCAUUGCAAUCCAGAUUAUCUUUGCAGCUUCAAUCUGCAGAAAUCUCUUAUCAUGGGCUGAAGGCUAUGGCUCAUGAAUACCAAUCUUCUCUCAAGAUGCUUAGAGAAAGUCCAGCUUUUAGCUCUUGGCAUUUGAAGCCUUCAAACCUUGAGAUGUUCGCUAUUUCUGGACAGUGAGGUUCGUCUGCAUCUAAACUGCCUUUUCUUUUAUGUACUCCGAAUCUCCCGAAAGAGAUGGUUCUCUAUGGAUCCAUGUGGUUGGUUCACCGAUCCUAUAUAUAGUUGGGACAUCACAGCUUCUUAUUGUAUUUAAUUUCUCAUCCUCGAAAAAAGUUGAUAAACAAACAGAAAGUUCUUUAUCCAUUGCUUGGUUGGAAAAAGAAUGAGCUGAAGUUUAUAGUCAUCAAAGCGAAUAUGAAACUUAUCAGAUUAAACGAGUUUGGAGGUUAUUAGGAACCUAAAAGUUCUUUGCAUUCUUG